CGGGCCGGGCCGAGCGGCGGCUGGAGGCGCUGACGCUGGAGCUGGAGAAGGAGCUGGAGAUGCACAUGAAGAAGGAGUACUUCGGUAUUUGUAUAAAAUGUGGAAAGGGUGUGUACGGAGCAAGCCAGGCAUGCCAAGCAAUGGGUAACCUCUAUCAUACCAACUGCUUCACGUGCUGCUCUUGUGGGAGAAGACUUCGAGGAAAAGCCUUCUACAACGUCAAUGGUAAAGUGUACUGUGAAGAAGACUUCCUAUAUUCAGGCUUUCAACAAACAGCAGACAAGUGCUUUGUAUGUGGACACCUCAUAAUGGAAAUGAUUUUACAGGCUCUUGGAAAGUCAUACCAUCCUGGCUGCUUCCGCUGCGUGGUAUGUAACGAAUGUUUGGAUGGAGUCCCGUUUACUGUAGACGUGGAGAACAACAUUUACUGUGUCAAAGACUAUCACACGGUUUUUGCACCAAAAUGUGCUUCCUGUAAUCAGCCGAUUCUACCAGCACAGGGCUCCGAGGAAACCAUUCGAGUGGUAUCGAUGGACAAAGAUUACCAUGUGGAAUGUUAUCACUGUGAGGACUGCGGUCUCCAGCUCAAUGAUGAAGAAGGCCAUCGUUGCUAUCCUUUAGAGGGCCAUCUGCUCUGUCAUGGCUGUCAUAUUAGGCGCCUCAAUAUCAAAGUACCACCGCAUCCUCCUCCAAGUUACCCGAUGCAUGUUACAGAACUCUGAAAGACAUUUUCUUCAGCAGUACAGUAAAUCAUUAGAGGAGAAGAUGGAAAAGCUAAAAAUGACUUUCCCAUUCCUUUAAAGAUGAAAUUCCUCUAAUAACCAGUUAAACCAGCUAAGUUAUUUAUUUUUUUAAAUUAGAGGUGAGGGGGCUUCUCUGAUAAUGGACAUAUGUUUUCACUUACCAAGACAUUUUCACUGAGACACCGGCUACUUGAAAGAAAUAAUGCGCCACUAACUGUAAACAACAGCAUUUCUCAAUACGGUGGUACGAAGGGCUCUGUUCUGCACUCCCUAUUAGCUUCACUUCAAUGGCAGUUUCGCUUGGGUAAGGAGUGUAGAAUGAAUCCCCCAAAGUUAGCACCUUAUCGUAUCGUGGCAAGCAUGAUAAGAUAAAAUGCUAGCAGUCUAGCUAGUCCCGCUACAUCCUGGUCUGAGAGAGUAAACAUUCUUACAUUUUUGGAAUACUUAGAUUCCCAGAAGUAGCUAAUAGGAAGCAAAGUCCAUUUAUUUUUAGUGACAGAAAUUUCAAACGUGGGUUAACUGAUGGCAUUCUGUGAAGAGGCAGAAGCCAGGCUUUCCACACUAUUCGAUUUUCAUAGUGAUCCAAUAGCAUGUCUGGCUUCCUGCAGGAACAUGGCAGGUGUCUUCUACAGGAAGCUCAUUGGAGAAGAACAUAUCUACUUGAAGACUUAAGAUUGGUACAUGCAGGGUUAUGACAUGAAGAAAAUUUUGGUUCCCCAGGAUUGCUAGCCACUUAGCUAUUUGGUUUUUCUAGAGUUCACAGUGACAUGAGAGUAGCCAUGGUUUCAAAGGCAGUUCUCAUAUUCUUCUGGUGAUUUGGCACUUACAAAGCAAUUCAUCUUUUAAACCUGUUUUUUGUUAACAGGUUUAGCACCCCUUUUGGGGCUAUGCAAAGGGAUACUUCUGUGUGUCUGUAAUAUUUCUUUCAUACAAGACAUAGAAUCAUAGAAAAGUAGGGUUGGAAGGGACCUCAGGAGGUCAUCAUUUGCUACCCAACAGCUUUGCAUUUUUAUGUUAUCACGGGAUAAAAAGGGGCAGCAGUUUUGUAUUAUCUUUUUCAGUUAGGUUAAAAAAUAAACUGAGAAAAGAACACGUAUUACAGUGGUCACCUACAUAUGAAAACCAAACACAGGCUAGCAGAAAUAAGUUAGAGAUUCAGGCAUCUGAAACAUGGAUAUUUUAUAACAAGUAUUAGAUGUACAUAGAAUGUACACACUUUCAUAUUUUACAUAAGCUUUUACAAUAACCUCAGAACUCUGGGGCAAUAUAUAUCUUCCAUAUAGGAAGUUAGAUACUUUUUUUAUAUAUUUUUUCUACUGCGUGUUGAUGAUUUACAUGCAAAUCACAUCUCCGUAAAUUUAAACAACAGUUCCUUGCAUUCUCAUGAGAAUUGAUCCGCCCUUCCCAAAAAAAUUAUGGUUUGAAAUGUGUCCAUCAUUCCUUUCUCUGAAAGUAUUUUGUAUUUUAAAUUAAAUUAAAUUAAAAUUCCUUUGCUGUAAAUUGGGUGGCAAUGUCAAGCCUGGUUCUUGGGAAGUGUAAAUGGACUGAGCUCCAUGGACUGCAAAAACACAAGGUCAGUGUACACCAACUGACAAUCUGACCCAUUGCUUUUAAGAUCAUCAUGUGUUGAGUUCAACAAAAUAAUGCAAUGACUGUUAUUUGGCAAUACCAUUAAAGCAUCAAGUGCAGUUUCUAAGGUGCCAUUGAUUCACUAAAGCUAUUCUUGGUGUUGCUGCAAAGCAGAAGAGACCGCCUGUAGACCAAUUCCUCAAUAGAAUACCUAGUUCAUGAGAUUCUCAUUCCUUUAAUAGAACUUUUUGAUCACCAAAAGUAUCGUUAUGGUUUUAAAGCACUACAUCUUUUCCUGCUGGGGGGAGACAAAUGCAGCAAUUCACAAACUUCUGCUGCACUUCAAUCCACCUUUUUUUUUUACAAUGAAUACCUGGCCUAGUUAACGGGAAGGCUGUAUUUUGGAGGACUGCUGAUGCUGUAUGUAUCCUGUUCCUACAGUGGUUGGAGACCAAGGGCCUGAUUUUCAGGAAGAUGAGCACAGAGGCCCAUGCACGCUCCAUGUGCAUUUAUUUGCACUCUUCCUUUGUGAACACCAGAGCUGUCCAACUUCUAAGAACCCCCAGGCCAUGUGUCUUGUGGGCCACACUAGAAGAGACCACACCAGUGGGGGAAGAUGAAGCCAGAGGAAGAGGGAGCCUGGAGACCCUGGCUGCAGGGAACAAGGAGGGUAGUGGUGGCUGGGUAGAAUGCAGUUUAACCCCUCGCAAGCCACACAUGGCCCAUGGACUGUCAGUUGAACAGCCCUGGUGCAUACAAUUACCACAAUUAUGUGCACCAAGGAACCUUGCAAAUGUAUGCUUGGGUCCUGAGGAGCAAGCUCUGUGACAGCAAAAAAAUUAUCUUUGUAUUUAUUUAUUUCUUGCAUUAAUUCGAGGGGCUGGCCUGAUACCAGUGAAGAUACCAGCUGGAGACUGUCGGCACAUCAGGAUACACUUUUAGCAUCAGCCAUAGCACAAUGCUUCUUCAAGUCACAAAACAGCUUGGGCCAUAUUUGGCUUCAGACCAUUUCAUGGUGUUUAACAUAGGUAUAAGAAACACCCAAAGUAAAGAAAACAGUUACUAAACCAUACAGAAGAUUUGGGUCUGUUCACAUGAGCGAGUCAACGCAGAACGGUGCUUUCUACUGAAAAGUGCACAGGUGCAGCAGACUGGGAGCUCGGACUUCCCAGAAACUGAAGACAAGAGACUAAAGGUCAGUUGGGCCUUCCUUCAGCCGGCAUCCUACACCUAGCGCUUUCCCAAUUUCAGUGGCAAGCCCCCGCUUCUGCUGCCGCAGUACUUUUCAGUGGACAGCACAGUAUCAAACAUGUACAUACACUACUUCUUUGAAAACUAUCAUACUGUAGAACAGAAUAAUAUUUAAUUCCUCAUUUUAAUGUUUCAGUCUAGUAGUUCUACUACUCAGUUCCAAUACGCAUUAAGUAUCGUCAUGAUAAAAUGUUGAACGUUUGUUUCAAUGUAGAGAGAGCAGUUUGUUUAAAACCAGAAAGCAGCAGUUGUUGUUCCAGUAUUUUCUACAGACAGGGUCGGUCUGUUACAUUACCACGAGGUACAGCUUGCUUUUACACCAUUUAAUACAGAACUGGGGCUUGAGUAUGAUUUACUGGCCGCUGUUAAGGAAAAAUACAAGGAAAGUGAAAAGCGAAUUUCAAAUAACAUGCUGUGCAACUUAGUAUUAGUGAAACUUCCUGUGCAUUUUUACCUCCUGUCUGGGGAACUGCCUAAGUGAAAUCUCCUUGAAAUUGUUUCCUUAGGGAGUAUUCUUACAUUGUUCAGUUCAACAUAGAUGUAAACUUGCCAACAUUCAUUUUGAAUUGUGAUUAUCUGUUGGAAGCCUCUGCUCUGUUCUGUACUUUCAGAACUUUGAAAUUGCAGCAAUUUAACAAUUUGUCCUCAUUUGCAUUGCGAGAACUCAGAAAUUCACCUUCUACAUUUCAUUUUGGAGUGGAGUUCUGUAGUGUCCUGACAGGACGUGGCUGGCUUAGGAGAUUCACUGGGUCCCUAGUGCACUGGAAGACAAGUUCCAAAGAAGAGACCAAAACAAUUAUGAUUUGGAAAGAAAAAAAUCUCAGCUAAUUGAGCUUUCAAAAGGGUUUGCUUGGGGUUUGUUUUUCUCCUUUUCUUCUUUGGUGUAUAUUUUGUAAGGUGGAGCUUCAAAAUUAAAGUAUGGAUAGAGGAGCUCUUUAAGAAAUUCCAGAAUAGUUAAGUAAACCAAAGCUCUAAAGGAGGCACACAAAAGCUGCUUUCUUGUGUUUCAAGAAAAGUUUAAAAGUUUGUGAUUCAUCCUGUAACUAAUGCCGUAACUAGAGUAUAUAAUUUGACUUAAAUUAAGUUUUCCUUUGAGAAAUAUUUUCAUUUUCUUUAAAAGAAUAUAGUUUUCUUCCAAGAACUUGGACCAACGUUGAUUUUUAUUUUGUAGGAAAUAUAUAAAUGCCCAGUCUGUAUAUCAUGUAACUAGUUUACAUGCUGCAAAUAUACAUUGGUUUAACUAUUUUUGUAUAUAUCCUUGUAAAACCUCUAAAUGUGCUUCUCUGUCUUUUAGUCCUUAGAAUGACUUGUGGUUUUUGUGUUUCAGUGUUUGAUUCCCUUGAUUGUUGAAGAAAAAAAGAUUGGGAAAUGUAGAUUUAUUUAUCUAAAGAAGAAGCUACUUGCUAUCAUCUUAAGUUAUUUAAUAUUAAAAGUCAGAAGUAUCAUUUAACCUUAGAUGUUAUA